UCGUAAUAAGUUAAUUUAAAAAAUUGCAAUAAAUUCUGCCGAUCCAAAAGUACGAUUACCGAAAAAGUCAUCAGUUACGUAUUUAAAUUGGUAAUCGCAAGAUCUUCUAAAUCUAGUUUACGAGACGAAUGUGAUUUCAUAGAGAUCUACCUCAAUUUGACUAAAUGUCAAGGUCCCAGCUUUCUAAAGAGAAGAAUCAGCAAACUGUUAUGCAAGAGAUUAAUAAAUAAAAUAACGUAUUAUAAAGAGAACUAGACGCUGUAAUAUAUAUUCGACAGAAGAUUGGCGAAGAUUUAUUUCUUGCGCGAUAAGAUCGGAUUCAUGAUGCUCAAGUUCUGUCAGACGAUCUUGUUUCUGGGGCACGUUGGUGGAAUCUUACCACCGGCUAUUCUGGAAACGGUUCAUCACUUUUUUGCGGGAUUCCCACCGCCCAACGAUCUAGUGCAGGACAAGGACGUGGCGCCCGGGCGACAUUAUCUAUCUUUCGACUUCCUCGUGAUUGGAGCCGGCUCGGCGGGGUCCGUGCUUGCGAAUCGUCUGACCGAGAAUCCUGAUUGGAACGUUCUGCUACUCGAGGCGGGCAGGGAUGAGAUCUUUCUCACAGAUAUUCCCUUCCUGGCACCGACCCUUCAUAUCACAGACUAUGCCCGCGUGUACAAGGGUAAGUUACGACCGCAAGACCCGUACGGUCGCGGUGGGUACUGCCUCUCGAUGGUCGACGGCCGUUGCAAGAUAAUAACUGGUAGAGCGAUUGGUGGCACCUCGGUGGUAAACUUCAUGAUUUACUCAAGGGGUACGCCGGCGGAUUAUGACGGCUGGGAGGCGCUCGGAAAUCCCGGUUGGAGCUACAAGGACGUACUGCCCUAUUUCAUCAAGUCCGAGAGGUGCAGGCUGAUCGAUAGAGACGUAAGGUAUCACGGAUACGAAGGAUAUCUGGAUGUCGUGACUCCUCCUUACGCGACUCUUUUGAAGGAACAUUUCUUAAAGGCCGGUCAAGAGCUCGGUUACGAACUGAUAGAUUACAACAGCGAUAAAUUCAUCGGUUUCUCAACCGUGCAAGCAAAUUUACGAAAUGGUCACAGAGUCAGCGCUAGUAAAGCUUUCCUCAGACCAAUUCGCGACAGGACCAACUUUUAUCUGUCUAAGCUCUCGACAGUAACGAAAAUUGUUAUUAAUCCGCAAACAAAGAAAGCCGAGGGCGUCCAAUUUGUGAAAGACCAUAAAACAUAUUUUGUCUCCGCUACUAAAGAGAUUAUACUUUGCGCAGGUACUUUGGGUUCACCACAGUUACUGAUGCUCUCCGGAAUAGGCCCAAAAGAUCAUUUGAAUUCAUUGGGCAUCGAUGUAAUCGAGGAUCUUCCGGUGGGAUUUAACUUACAAGAUCACGUGAGCAUGUCAGCUUUAACGUUUCUAGUCAAUGAGAGCGUGACUAUUGUCGAGCCACGUUUGGGUUCGAAUCCAGUUAAUUUUAUGAAGUAUCUAACAGAGGGAAAUGGCCCUUUAACUAUACCCGGAGGCGCCGAAGCGUUGGCCUUUGUUAACACCAAAGCUAAUAAUUAUAUGAAAAAAACACAGAAGGAAAAGUCCACAUUUAAAUACAUGCAGCAUGUAAAUACACACAAGUAUGACAAACAAUACACUGUUCCCAACAUAACUUCCAUCACUAUAAGUCGUAAUAAGAUGUAUCCUCAUACUAACGCGAGCAAGAUGUCAGAGGAUGACUUUCCUGACGUCGAGUUGGUGUUAGGCGCAAGCUCGUUAGCCGGAGAUACUUCCGGCAGCUAUCGCAGUAUGUUAGGAUUAACAGAGGAAUUUUAUAAGGAAGUUUACAGCGAUUACAAGGGCUUUGAUAGCUUCAUGAUCGUACCUGUGCUUCUGCAACCUAAGAGUCGCGGUAGACUCACUUUAAGAAGCAGCGAUCCAUGGGACUCGCCGAUUGUGGAUACCAAUUAUUACGAUCACGAUGAUGAUCUGAAUACAAUGGUGCAAGCUAUAAAGAUCGCGAUUGAAGUGGCUUCCACGAAGGCGUUCAAGUGUUUCAACACUACGAUGCUGCCAGUACCGUUUCCAGGAUGCAAGCACGUAGCUUUUAAGAGCGAUGCAUACUGGGCUUGCGUCUCCCGUCACGUGUCGACGACUCUGGGUCACUACGCGGGUACGUGCAAGAUGAGCACUCGGAAAAAUUCGGGAGUGGUGGAUCACAAGCUGCGGGUGCACGGAAUCGAUAGUCUCAGAGUCGUGGACGCCAGCGUGAUGCCGACUAUAAUCGCUGGUCACACGAACGCACCGGUGUACAUGAUCGCCGAGAAGGCCAGCGACAUGAUCAAGGAGAACUGGAAAAGUUCCGCUUCAUGAAAUGUGUGGGAAGCAGGAGGAAGUAGAGAUGCUACGACGCAUGAAACGUGACACGCGCGAUUGCGAAAAGGUAAAGAAUGUGAUGAAGAGAAUUUUCUUUUAGAGAG